AGCUGUCGCAGCAGCAGCAGCAGUAGCCUGUACUGGGAAAAUCUGUAGUGUUUACAUGGAGAUAACUACACAUCGGCCUUUAACGUCGGGUCAUUUAUGUUGUCGAUCGCUAUAAGAACGGCCGCGCUGCCUCCUAAAAUAACACUAUGCAGCCACAGAGUCGUCGUAUUUCCAGACUAAUUGUUUUCGGUGUUAGCCUGAUGGCACAGACGUAGGGGCCGUUAGCUGGGACGGUGUGUCUGAAACAGGCAGCGGAGGAAGGGGCCAGUGUUCGGACCUGCUUUGUACUCAGUGCCAGUCCCUCUAAAUGCAUCUGUCCAAGAAAUGUUCGGUGUUUAAAGUGGUGCUGAGUGCUCUGCUGAUAGUGGCGCUUCUGCAGCUCAUAUACUUGUCCUUCUUGUCCAAGUUUCACGGUAAGCAGCAGCGGUACCGGUACUCGGAGCUGUUCGGAGGCUCCGGGGUCAAGAAAAAUGCGCACCCCGAUAAAAACACGCGGAAGGAGCGGCUGCGGUACUCUCUGUCCACCGGCGGCAUCUUCGACAGCAGCGGCCAGUACCGGAUCUACAAGAACCUGAUCAAAAGUGAUGUCACCGCCAACCAGAAGCCCGGGUCCGACCCCAGCUCCGGGGUUCUGACCCUAGCCACGCACACGACUAUCAACAACCUGCACCACCUGGAGUCUCUGCUGGACAGGUGGCAGAACCCUCUGUCUGUGGCCAUCUUCGCCCACGGGCAGGAUGUGAAGUUCGCCACAGCCCUGGUGUACGCCCUCAGCUUCUUCUGCCCGCAGAUCCAGGCUCUGGUGGACUUCCACCUGGUCUGCCUCUCAGGGGAGAUGGCCAGUUUCCCAGAGCAGGACCGGGAGCACUUUGCGGGUCUGGAGGACUGCGCUUCUGUGUUCUCCAGACUGGAGACCCACAGGGAUAAAUACAAGAACUAUGCCAUCAGUGGAAACAUCUCAUACCCAAACAAUCUGCUUCGGAACGUGGCUCGUGGAGGUGCAGAGUCCUCCUACAUCCUGGUCAUAGACAUAGACAUGAUGCCCAGCGCAGACCUCCACCAGCAGUUCCUGGCUCUGAUCAUGAAACGUGAACCAGGUACCGAUGAGGUGUUUGUUUUACCUGCGUUUGAGAUCCGCCAUGCCCGGAAGUUGCCCGGUACGAAGGCAGAGCUCGUGCAGCUGUACCAGGUCGGAGAGGUUCGGCCGUUUUACGAAGAGCUGUGUUCCAGGUGUCAGGCCCCGACCAACUACUCCCAGUGGGUCAACAGCCACGUCAGGGGGGCCACGGCUCUAGAAGUGGCCUACACACUCACCUGGGUGGACCCCUGGGAGCCCUUCUACAUCGGACCUCGAACUGUGCCACUAUAUGAUGAGAACUUCAAGCAGUACGGGUUUAACCGCAUCAGCCAGGCCUGUGAACUCCAUGUGGCUGGAUACAAGUUUUCAGUGCUCAGCUCCGCUUUCGUGGUUCACCGAGGUUUUAAGAUCCAAGGGGAGUUUCACCCCAGGAAGGACGAGGAGAACAAACGCAACCGGGUUCUGUUUCGCAACUUCAAAGAGGGCCUGAAAACGAAAUACCCAUCAUCCACGCGAAGAUGUUGAAAGAGUAUUAUCCCGAAGACAUCCUGCCUUUUGGAGCCUCUGAAGGAAGCGGUGUUCUGCUGAAGUGACGGACAUUUAAUUUUAUAACUGAAGUCAGAUUUACAUUAUGUGGAAAAAAGUAUCGGGACAUGUUGAAUUCAGGUGUUUCUUUUCUAACAGGGAUCUGGGAUACAAAACAAUUAUGACAAAUGUCAUAAUAUAGUUUUAUAUUAAAUAAAUAUCAUUGCAUUGAUUAGUUUUUUUUUGUAAUUGCUCUGAAUAUUUUUCGUGUUUUGUUUAUGAACUAUAUGGACAAAAAUAUUGGGACACAUUAUGGCUGCAGCUGUAAGAUGUCCUG